CAGGUGCCUCAGGUUUUAUAGCUGUUGUUUGAGGGGAAUGCGACCUCGUGUAGUGUUAGUUCUGCUGGGCUACUCUUUAGUUGACUCAAACAGACUUGCCUCAGAGUUUGGGCAGUGGGUGUGUGUUUUCAUGACUUAGUUUUCAUGAAACUAAGAGUUUUUAAUACCUUUGUUUCAUUAAAACCAACCAAGGCUCCUGUUCUGGAAGGAUGUCAGUACCUAAGAACUGCGGAGUUGAGGUACCCGUGGCAGCAGACACAGGGAGGAGCAGCAGCAGCAGGCUCAAGGCACCCGUGGGAUCAGAGCCACCAAAGGACACCAGGGUCAGGGUGCUGGCUGUGCCUAACGUGCUGAAUCCGAAGGACUUUGUGCGCAUUGAGGCCCUGCCUGGCUUUGAUCAGAGGGAAGGGAAGGUCUUGGCCAGAAGCAAGACCAUUUACAAGAGCAGUGAACCUCCAAGAGAGCAAGUGUUCUGGGAAAACUACCAUAGGAGGCUAAAGCAGUUUGAUAAGGGGCUCUUCACUCCCCUUGGGAAGCCUUAUCUGGAGCUUGGAGAAAUUCCCUACACAGACCCGAAGCAACUCACCCUCUAUGCCUUGGGGCAGCUCACAGAGGAAUCAGUGGAAAAAGAUGUGCAGGGAAAAACACCCAAAGAAGUGGCUGAAGUUACUACUGACAAGCACUCUUCCAAGCCAGAGUGUGAUCACUUUCAGUCUGAUGCACCGGAACCAGUGAAGAGGCCCUCCCCACUUACAGAAACUGGAAAGGAGCUGAGGACUCUUAGAGACUCUCUAGCUAGCUCAAGAAACAUCUGCGUGGGACUCAUUUGGAGUAUACCAGCUGGAGGCUCAGGAAGAUGCUGCCAUACAAGGAAGAGAUUUUUGUUCCCCUUAUCUGAUGGGCGUCAUCUCAGUUCUGUGAAGCGAGGCAGAGGCUACUUUGGUAUCCUUCAACAAGAAUCACUGGAGAGGAAGAAUGCACUUGAAGCAUCCCAACAGGCUCAGACCCUGGUGUGGAGAACUGACUUCGAGCCACCCAUGUACUCCUUUGAUGCAGAGAGCUCACGAAAAGAAAGAGCCAUUUGCUCUCAAGCAGAAGGCAACCACCUGGGGAUGUCAGAGAAGAAAAAAAUGACCUUACAAUCCUUCAUUCCUGCUCAAACCAAUCUCUUGAUUCCAAGCUCCCCUGAAUCCAAAAGUGACCAUCUCUUCCGUCAACUGUGUGCCAUACACUGGCUUUUGGAAGCUGUGACUCUUGAAUCCAACAGUUCGAUGCAUCCCAUAUCGACCUGUUGGAAUCCAAAGGAUUGUGGUGGUUAUAAAAAAAGAGUAAAAGAAGCGGAAGAGUUAAAGUUAGCAACAUGCAUGUGGGAAUGCUUUAUUACAAAGAAAAAGAAAUACACCUGGAAAACAGGAUACAAUUUACUUAGCAGGACUAUAAACAAGAACGUUACUCCAGGUAUCUCUCAGUUUAGCAGUCAGUCAUCUCUCCGUGGUCAAACCCUUCAAGGCAGUGAACCUUCCGCUCUACAUUGCUCUGAAGACAACAUCAAGAUUAAUGAUGUGAGUGAGUCAGCACCAGCUAAAGAGCAACAACCUCUUUUCCCCUCCCUGCAGAAAUCAAUCCAGAUAGCACGUGGAGAGGUGUCAAAAGAUGGCUGUAAAGAAAAAGCUAUGGUUAAGAAGACUGGACCACAAUGUUUGCCAGAGGUUCAGAAAGACCACAGCAUAAACACGCGCAGGGAGAGUCAAACACCAGGGAAGCAGAGACCCAGAAAGGACAGCUGCCAGAUCAGCUCUUUCAUUAAAAGCAAAUCUAACCUGUGUGCUGAUGUGAAGCAGAGGUUCACAGCAGUCCGUGAAGAGGCAGCUUGCUGUUUACAUGAUAUCCUAGUGAGCCUUGAGAGGAAGCAGGAAGAGCGAUGUUACCAAAAAUACAGGGCUAUGAAACAAUCAAAGGAUUUCAGAAAAGAAUUGGACAGAAUAAGACAGCUGAGCAUGAGAGCUGAGAGAGAACAUGAUGAAGAUGAACUAAACUGGGCUCCUGUAUUGCUUGCCAGACUCCCAGAGUCUGUGAAGAAUGACCAUUAUAUCCAGAAAAUCUUAAAGAAAUUGGAAAAAUACAGCAAGAAUCCUGACUUGAAAAUCGAUCCAGAGACCUUUCUUAAGGUUCUGGAUGAUCUGCGUGUGUGGGAGCUGUGUUCUCCAGAAAUUGCUGCAGCUGUGGAGUUUGUACGUGAGAGCAUUGUGCGGAUGCCAGAAGAGGAUUUCAGCAAGUGGUUUCAGACAAAAGUAGGCCCCCUCAGCGCUAGAAUUCCUUUGCUUUCUAAUUCCUCGGUGGAUUAGAAGUCCUCCACCUUCUAAUCAGACAACCAGAUGAGAUGGUUUUCCAGCUACAGCUGUCUUCAAGCAGAAAACUAUAGCCUGUUGAGAUCUGCCUCGAGGAAGACCAGGAAGGGAAGGUAACUUCAGGAAGUCCCACUGAUCACUCUUGCACAGCUGAAAUUUGUCCCUCUAGUGUGCUCUGUUGGCUGUAGUCAGACAAAGAAAAUAAAAGCUAAAUACUCUUGCUCCCUCCUGUA